AUGCGUCUUGCAAAGUUAAGUACAAGUUUUAUUGAAUUGAUGGCUACAUUAAGUGAUUCAGAUUUUGAAUGUGAGAGUGGAGAUGAUUCAGAUGCUGAUCGUACUUGGAAGCACAAAACAUCACAAAAUGUCGGGGAAUCUGAUUUUUCAGAUUCAGAUGGAGAUUGUGAUCAAAGUAUACAUAAUGGUAAUGUACCAAUCAUUAUUCCUAAUCAAAUUGAAAUACCAAUUAUGUCGGUCCCUGAACAUGCAAUAGGCGAUUCUCUUGUACAAAAUGUAGUAGAAGUAAACAUGGGUUGGUCACAAAAACCAUUUACUGGAAUACUGUUGCCAGGAUAUAAUACAUAUGGACCUCACUUACCAAUUAAUAUUCCCUCACCUCUGACUUAUGUUCAAAAAUAUCUAUCAAAUCAACAUUUUGAAAACGCUGCAUUAUACACCAAUAUGUACGCUUUAAAUAAAAUGGGCAAAGAACUUAAAACAACAGCUGAUGAAAUUAAAAUAUUAUAUGGCGUUCAUUCAAUGAUUAGCAUACUAAAGUACUCCCGACUUCGUAUGUACUGGAAUAGAAGUUAUGGUUUGAAUUGUAUUUCUCAAGCUAUAACUAGGGACAGAUUUUUAAUUUUACGUACUUGUCUACACUAUGUUGAUAUAAAUAACCGUCCAACCGAUAAUAAUAGUAAACUUUGGAAACUUCAACCAAUUGUCGACCAAGUUCGUAACGCUUGUAGGAGUAUAUCACGUUCGGUUGGCUGUUAUUUAAUCGACGAGCAGAUGAUACCUUUUACAGGUCGAUGUCCCAACAGGCAGUACGUAAAAAAUAAACCCCGACCUACAGGUUUAAAAAAUUUUGUUAUUACAACGUCCAAAGGCAAAGUUUUAGAUUUUGAAAUAUAUCAAGGUGCCGAAACACCGUUUCAAGAUAAAACGUUGGGACUAGGACCUGCGGAUGUCAUUCAUUUAUCUCAAACUAUCCCCGAAGGAUCAGUUUUAUUUUUUGAUCGAUAUUUUACUACUGUGUCGUUAAUGGAUCGAUUGAUAAGCAAAAAAUUAAUGACUACAGGUACAAUAAUGUCAAAUCGGCUUAAAAAUGUUCAUUUUAGUCAGGACAAAAAAUUUGAAAGAAGUGCCUGGAAAGAGUUCACUAGAGGUGAUAACAAAAUUACAGCAGUUAAAUGGAAAGAUAGCAAAUGUGUUACUUUACUAUCUACUAUAACAGGAGUAGAGUCACAUGUUACGGUAAAGAGAUGGAGUAAGACAGAAAGCAAAGAAAUUGAAGUUCCUUGUCCAGCUAUUGUAAAAUCAUAUAAUGAAUAUAUGGGUGGAGUUGACGUAUGUGAUCAACAGAUUGAAUGUUAUCGAACAUGGGUAAAAACCAAAAAAUGGACCCUAAAAGUGGCAUUACAUUUUAUCGAUUUAAGUAUAGUGAACGCGUGGAUGGAGUACCGUGAAGAUGCUGAAAAAAUGCGACUACCUAAAAAAGAAAUCUUGGACCUUAUGAACUUUAAAAUGUCUGUUGCUCAAGAAUGGCUAUCUACAACUGUAAAAAAACGUUCGUUACCUGAAGAAUCCAGUUCGUCAGAUACUGAAGAAGUUCCUCAAAAACUAUAUAGGCCACAAAAUUAUAGAGCUCCAGUUCCACCAACAACAAAGGUAAAAGACGGAUUUGAACAUUGGCCCGAAAAAUAA